CUCCGUAAGUUUGAAAUUUUUAGGUUUUACAAGUGAUGCAUGGUAGUGAUAAACCUAAUUUAUCUGGAAAUAUUUCUGUACAAUCGUCAGAAUGGUUGUUGAUAAAAGUGAGCAAGGUGAAAGAUGGGCUGACGUUGAAAGAAUAUUGAACAGAAACGGACCAAUGGCUCACCCAGACUUUGAGCCUGGUCCUGACGUUUUCCAGUUUGUGAAAGAAGUUAUAAAAAUUCUUGUAAUUGGUGCUGGUGGCUUGGGGUGUGAAUUACUUAAAGAUUUGGCACUUUGUGGUUUUCAAAAUAUUGAUGUCAUUGAUAUGGACACAAUUGACCUUUCUAAUCUCAACAGACAGUUCCUAUUUAGAACAAAGGAUAUUGGUCAAUCAAAAGCAAAAGUGGCAGCUGAGUUUUUAAACAACCGUAUUGAGGGAUGUCAGGUUACACCACAUUUCUGUAAAAUACAAGACAAAGAUGAUGAUUUUUAUAAAGGUUUUCAUAUUAUUGUGUGUGGUCUGGAUUCUGUAGUUGCUAGAAGGUGGAUAAAUGGAAUGUUGGUUAGUUUACUGGACUAUGAUGAUGAUGGUAAUGUUGACCACAGUACAAUAAUACCUAUGGUGGAUGGUGGAACUGAAGCAUUCAAGGGCAAUGCAAGAGUUGUCAUCCCUGGUGUCACAGCUUGCAUUGAAUGCACUUUGGAUCUCUUUCCACCCCAGAUAAACUAUCCCAUGUGUACAAUUGCUUCCACACCAAGACUGCCUGAACAUUGUGUUGAGUAUGCAAAAGUUCUUCAGUGGUCAGAAGAAAAACCAUUUGGAGAUAAUACUCCAGUUGAUGGUGACAAUCCCCAACAUGUUCAUUGGAUUUAUGAGCAAGCCCUAAAGCGGUCUGAAGACUAUAAUAUCAGGGGAGUCACUUACAGACUGACACAAGGUGUUAUCAAACAUAUAAUUCCUGCUGUUGCAUCAACAAAUGCAGUUAUUGCUGCUACAUGUGCAUUGGAAGUUUUCAAAUUAGCAACCAAUUGCUGCAAGCCUCUUAAUAAUUAUAUGGUUUUCAAUGAUUCUGAUGGAUUGUACACUUAUACAUUUGAAGCAGAGAAAAAGGAAGACUGUUCUGCAUGUGGUCGAAUACCUCAACGUCUGAAAUUCUCUCAGGAUGAUACACUACAAAAUCUUAUAGAUUACCUCAUAGAAAGUCAAUUAUUUCAAAUGAAAGCACCAGGUAUUACUACAUCCAUAAAUGGAAAAAAUAAGACAUUAUACAUGAAGAGCGUUCCAUCAAUUGAAGCAAUGACUAGACCUAACUUAGAAAAGAAACUCCAAGAACUUGGUAUAACAGAUGGUCAUGAAAUUGCUGUGGCUGAUUCUACCUCACCCAAACCAAUCAUAUUCCGAAUUUCCUUUGAAUGAAACAUUGUUCAUUGGUCUAAUA